AUUGUGUUCUUGGCUGUUCUUUCGUUUGGAUAGCGACGAGUGCAUGUGUCGGUUGCACCGCGGUACGGAGUAUUUUUUCCUCCCUCUUCUUAGUGGCCAUUGGCGUGUAAUUUUACGGUUUGUCCUACUUUUACAGUGCUGGUUUCAUGGGGCGGAAUCGGCCCCAAAAUUCUUUCGUCGCGCAAACUCUGUUACUUAGCGUUACGCGUAUCGCGAUCACUUCUAGCGUUGUGGCCAUCCGGUGGAGCAGAUUUCUGGAAGCUACAUUUUUAUGUUGCGUAGAUUGACACCGUAAAAUUGUGUGAGAAAAAAGUGAAAAAAAAGUUGAGAAUUGAAAGAAAAGAAAACGAACACUGUAACGUGAAUGAAAAUUAACGAAGAUAAGUUAUAUCAUGUGUGAAUUAUCGUAAGUAAACUGCAGUGGUGUUACCGCCUCAAGCGCUUCAGGAAAACGAAUCGAUGGAUUACCGCAUUGCUACAGUGCUGAUUAUGCUGAUGCUUCCCACUUCUGCUGCUGCAGCUGCGUCGGGCGUCGGCCUCGUCGUCGUUGAGCGCGAUUAGCAUUCAGACGACAACAACACGACGCGCAGAUUGCUGUCGCCGACGAGGAAACGAAGAAGAGUUCCACGGGAUUGAAAACAACAACAGUAGCUAGUGAUUGAAAAGUGUAGUAAACAUAUACCACAACCACAUCGCCGCCGCCGCAAACGACGCACACGAAGAGAACCGGAUAAGCCGGAGCGGAAAAGUGAUAGUGAAAUGAAAGAAGAGAACAGCGUUCGUCAAGUGUGCAUAUCAGCAUCAUGCUCUUAUCUACCGAGGCGAGAGCGUUGCCGUCUUGGGAAUAAUCGGCUGCGACUGGGCGGAGAACUGUGUUAGUGGUGUUCCGGAAGUUGUGUGUGGUUGGAAGCGCAGUGAUCACGAUUUGAUAGUGAAGAGCAGAUUUUUCUGCUGUUGUUGUUGUGUUUUCUAUCGAGUAGAUAUUCCCGGAGAAUCGACGAACGCGGAGUUACAGGAUUAUAUAGAAAGAGAGCGACAAGACUGCCUCUAAGAUGACAGUGGAUUUCAACGACUAUUUUUGGGGCGAAAAGAACAACGGGUACGAGGUACUCUACCAGAACAUGAAAUAUGGCCUAUCGGCGACCAAAGAGCUGGCGGAAUACUUCCGCGAGCGGUCCAAUCUGGAGGAGUACAACUCGAAGCUGCUUACCAAGCUCGCGAACAAGGCAGGUUCCGGUGGGGGCGGAACGUUUUCCCCGUUGUGGAUCAUCCUCAAGUCGACGACCGAACGGUUGUCGGAGCUGCACGCCGCCAAGGUGCAGAAGCUGAGCGAAUUGGUGAAGAACAUCAACAAGUACGCCGAGGAACUGCACAAGAAGCACAAAACGGUCAAGGAGGAAGAGUCUGGCACACAGGAUGCGGUGCAGGCUAUGAAGGAUUCCACAACGGCGGUGGCGAAAGCGAAGGAUGUGUACAACAGUCGAUUGCAGGAGCUGGAGAAGGCCCGCAAGGACAACUCGGCCAAGGAGAUUGAGAAGUCCGAGGCGAAGUUGCGCAAGCAGCAGGACGACUACAAGGCGCUGGUGGAGAAGCACAACAUAAUCAAGCAGGAGUUUGAGAAAAAGAUGGCGAUAACUUGCAAGCGCUUUCAGGAGCUUGAAGAGGCCCACCUCAAGCAGAUGAAGGAAUUUCUCUCGUCCUACAUGGAAAUAGUUCAGAAUAAUUUCGAUCAAGUUGGACAGGUGCACUCCGAUCUGAAGCGACAGUUCCUUGAACUUACCGUCGACAAGUUGCUCGAGCAGUUUGUUCUCAAUAAAUAUACGGGGCUCGAGAAGCCAGAGUUUAUUGAGCUUGAUUUGAUGAACUUAACCGGAGGUUCCCUAACAUCUAAUAACCAAUUGCUAACAAACACAUCGACUUCGAGUGCCACCCCGAGCGGAGGAGCAGGAGGAGGAGGAUCAGCAACAGUAGCAGCGGGAGGAUCUGUGACGGAUUCGCCGGCUCUUUCAACGGCCAGUUCUUCCCAGCCGGUGCCGAUUGUGAAGAAGGAAAGCAAUUUGAGAAGUUGGUUUACGUCCAGCUCCAGUGCAGCAGUGCCAACUAAUUCGCCCGUAAAUCUAUCAACCUCACCGCCUCUUUCUGCCGGUGGGCGGGGAAGUCUGCUGGAUGCCCUCACGGGCACUAGCGAUAGGCCAAUGUCUCCAGUGUCGGUAACGGCAGCCACAACAGCGGCAGACUCUUCCGCCUCCAGUUCAGCCCAAAGUACGGCUAAAACAAGUAAACCUUUUUACGGCGACUUUCUAAACAAGACUAAUCACAAUCAGCAUCAGCCACCACCACAAAACAAGCAACAGCAAACGCCGCAAAUGAAACAGGAACAAGAAUCGCAUCAACAACCAAAAUCUUCCCGCCGCACUACCUCCCUUUUAAAUCUCUUCAUGUCUAACUCCCAGGGAAGUCGCGAAAGUCGUGACUCGGUCACGAGCAGAGAGAUCGACUCGGUUUCCACGAGUACUGCUGGCGGAAGUGGCGCUGGUACAGCCAUUUCCGCACCAACGAGUCCCAAUGAUGUCCAAGGCAGCAGUAACAACAACAACAACAACAACAACGGGAGCAGCACCGCUGGCCACACCAUUACGGCCAGUUCCUUUAUUGGCCGAAAUCCGCUGCUCAGGGGAUCCAAAUUUUCCGGCUUCCUGCGAAGUAGACGGGAGAAGGCCAAAUCGAAGAAAAGUAAGAAGAAAAAAGAUUCCACCGAGAAUUCCAGUGCCAAAGAGGAGAAAAUUUCUGACGCCGAGGAGAAAGACGACGCCGUGAAAUCGGCGGAAGCGACAAGCAAUUUGCAGACGACGUCUGCGGUCAGCACGGGUAACGUCGCACCGACGGCGACGCCCGAAGUGGACGAGGAUGGGUACAGUAUACAGCCACGUGACGCCACGUGGGAUAGUGCAACUAUAACCGAGAAGAGCAACAACUUCUACUCGAGUUCCGAUAGCGAUAGUGAAGAUGAGCGAGGAGAACGGAAGAUACAUGUCGAGAUAAAGCCGCUGAACAACGGAGCGGCACCAAUUUCGGCGAGUGUGGAUGAGUUGCGGGCAACGGUGGAGAAUUUAUCCCUGUCGCCGAUCGGGGCGCUAUCGUCGCAGCAGCACCACCAGCAUCACCAUCAGCAAUCGUCGUCUGCGGCACAGCACGCGAGCCAUCAUGGAACAGGUACCCAGUCGGCCUCCAUUCUGAAUCACAACACCCAUCUCACUAGUCCGAAUGCGUCGAGCGCUUCAACGCCGACGACGGUGCAUCCGUAUGCACCCCUGCAGAGUCCCACGCUUUCGAUGUCCACCACUUCCAACAACCGAUACGCGGAUCUCGGAGAUAUCUUUUCGGAGGUAGGUGACAUUAGCGUAUCUGCACCGGCGUCAGCCAAUUUGGCAAAGUUAACCCAGCGACAAAUUCCUACGCCAACAUCUGCCGGUGGUAGCAGUAUAGCGAUACCGAGACCUCCCUCGCGUCGAUCAGAGGCCGCUGUCCGAGGAAGAGUGAGCCCUGCUUCGCAAAUAGCUCGUGCCGACAGCGUCGGCAGUUUAGAGUUCCGCAGUCCAAGCGUGGGAAUCGGAUCGUCGCGGGGCCCAUCGCCGCUUACGAUCGGUAUGUCGGAUACGGUCCCGUUAGCGGUUGCCUUCCAUGAAAUAAUUCACGCUUACUUCAGGGGCUCCGACGAAACCCGAUGUCAGGUGAAAAUGUCUGGCGAUAUGAUGCUUUCCUUCCCGGCUGGCAUUGUGAACGUACUCGCAAACAAUCCGAACCCCGCAAAGCUGGCCUUCCGCUUGAAGAAUCUUCAGAAUCUCGAGAACCUUCUCCCCAACAAACAGCUGAUAACGAUUGACAAGCUGCAGUCGACCGCGUUCAGUACCACCUUGGAGUUCAACAUGCCAGUAUUAACGUCUAUUCUGAGGCGACAGUCCGAGCAGAAUCCAACGGCUCCGUAUUUCAACGUGGAUGUCCUGAAGUACCAGAUCAAAGCCAAACCGGGCGCGUCCUCAUGUCCAUUCCAGCUGGUGUCCUAUUGGAAGUGCGAGCAGAGGCACACGGACAUCAAGAUCGAUUACAAGUACAACAGCCAUGCGAUGGCCAACGCGUCCCCGCUGUUAAACGUCUCGCUGACCGUUCCCGUCGAUGGAGGUGUGCGAAAUGUUCAAUCCAAACCACAUUCGGCCUGGCAAGGUGAAUCGAACCGAUUGGUGUGGAACUUCACCGAUAUAUCGCAGCAUUCGGACAAUGGGGGUGUAGAUACGUUGAGAGCACGGCUUGAAGUUGGUUCAGGUCCUUCCAAUCCUGCCAUCAUUUCCACGCAAUUCAACUGCGAAGGUACGACACUGUCUGGGAUUGAAUUCGAGCUUGUUGGCACAGGAUACAGACUGUCAUUAGUCAAGAGGCGAUUCGUUUCGGGUAAGUACAUCUGCGAAGGCGAUGGCAUACGCGGCGUUAAAACUCCAACCCCACCAAACGCUGGCUUCCUCUCACCAAGUCCGUAUAGUAACAAAUCCGCUGGUUCGGGCGGCUCCGGAUAGCGGAAGCUGUACUUCUUCGACUAGAAAUGGUCAUGGUCAACCAUCGCUGGGUGAAAAUGACACGUCGCUGCGCAAUCUGGACAAUGUAAUGCAUCCACCACUGCACUCCUUCACUAUUUUACUAUUAGGCGAGGUGGUAUAACAAAGAGAACUCUUUGAUACGUGUUCUCUGAAUGCAUAGGAAAGAAUUGUUGCCUUUUUCAAAGAGUUAUAUAACAAACAAUAAAUAAUACGUUUAUAUAGGCUACAAUCUCUAGAUAAAACAUGUAGUGCAGCCUAGAGGAUGAAUUAAAAGGAAUGCCAUCGUUUCCAUGUUUCUUGUGUAAAUACUCAAUCUUUAAACCACAAAAUAAUGUCCGGGUUGAUAAACUUCUUUCGUUUUCUGAACCAAACUAAACAACAUUUCCAAACUUAUAACUUCUACCACUCGAUAUUUGUAGAGCGAAACAAAACUAGAUUAACGUGUACAUCAUGUAGACUAGCAGGGAAAUAACAAUCGAAACAUUACUGUUACAGUUGCUUUAGGAUAGAUAAAUGAGUAUAUAGAGCUAUGGCGCAUGAAAAAGGAUCUUUUGUGAACCUUCCAAAGUAUGCGUGUGUAUAGAAAUCUUUUUCGAAUCUGGAAACUCUUACAAGAACACGAAACUAGAAAGUAUUAUGCCGUUCUUUUUUUUCUUCAAAUUAUUGGUCUAUCAGUAACAAACAGAGAGCAGUGAAGCAGUGAAGCUUGAUCUUUCAGUUCAGUUUCGGCCCCGUUUUGAUGUGAGAAGCGCCUUCGCCGUAGUGAACGCAUGGUAUAAUAACUAAAGCUCUAAUAGUAAGGCCAAGCCGAACUGAUGGUGUGCUGGUCAUUAACACGUGAAUGUAAUAAUGCGACUAAUAAUAGAAAUGGCAUCGAGCGCUAGAAAUAUAUGUCAAACAUAUAAACGCGCAGAACUAGCUAUAUACAAAUAUUUAUAGAGAGAGAAUAUUUCCAACUAUGAUAACAAUAGAUACCCGAUUACGAGAAAUGUGGAGCGAAAGAAGUACUUUCGUAGGUGAUAAGUUUUAGCUAAAAAUGAUCCAAACUAAUGCAAAUUAAAACAAUUAGAUGUAAUUUUGAAAGUAUCGAAAGUAAACAGGAGACAUGAUUAUGAUGAACAGCAACUGUUAUCAGUGUGAUGAAUUAAUUUCCGAGAAAUUCACUUGUUGUCGAUACGAGAGGGUAACAUCUCAGAUGAUGGAUUAAUUUUUUCUAACGAAGGGUUAAAGACUCCUUUCCCGUACAACAUCGAGUCUCACUCGUGGUGUACUUGCAUAACAUAGGGCGCUACAACGCUCAGCAGAGUAGUGAAAUCACUUGAUGCGUGACGUAUGAAAUAAUACGGGAAGGGGUUAAACCCCACCGAGGAGGUAUGUUCCGAAUGAAGUACAUCUCCUACAUCAAGUUCCCAAUGAAGGUGUUUCUGUGGCAAACCAUUAGUGAAAAGGAGAUCAAAGCAACUUCUCUUCCGUUUGAGACUUGUGGCGAACGAGGAGAUUCAGAGCACUAAUCUCCGGAAGUUGUCACCUUCAUCCAAAAUAUCAUCCGGACGAGGAUGUGAUGUUUUGACCGGACCUGGCCUCCACCCAUCACGCGAAGAAGUCGCUGGAGGAGGUGAACCACUUGUUCCGGAGUCCGCUAACCCUCCGAAUGUCCCCUAGUUGUGUCUUAUCGAGAAUUUAUGGGCAAACCUGAAGCGAAGGGUCUACUCUAUCAAUUUCGUGAUGAGAACUGAGGAGAAACUAUGAAUAAAGCUAAGAGAGAACUGAAAACAUUCAAACAAGUAUGUUUUCGAAAUAUUUUU